AUGGCGCUGGAUGAGGAUGGGAAGCCUCUAAUGUCGCUGGAGGAGAUGAAGGAAGGAAUGUUUCAGUCCAUUCGUGACAAUGGCACAGUGGAGCUUAUUCGGGCACAACUUCGAAGACAGUUCAUUGAGAAAUUACAGCAGCAUCGACUGAAUGAUGAUCGAGACGAUGAAAACAACGCUGGGCGAGCAAACCAAGAUGCAGUGAGCUCAACGCCUGACGAGAAGUUGGUACACGGUUUGGUAGCGGAAUAUCUGGCAAGCAAGGGAUUAGAAAACACACUUGCCGUGUUUAUACCUGAAAUCGGAGGCUCUCGAAACCAAGUGGACAGCACGACGAUCUUGGAGAUUCUUCAUGUGAAUUCGAGUAUCCAAAACAAACUCAAAAUGGAGCGGGUAAGUACGGGGCAUUCCCUACUUUUCGUUCUUGUAAAAGAAUUGGUACGUCGAUUUCAACUUGCUACGAUGGACUCGGGAACGCAAACAGCUAUGGAUUGCUUUGACCAUCGCAUCGUGUUAGAAAAUGAAUUACGACGGGUUGAGAACUCUUAUCUAGCGGAAUGUGCAGCUCAAAAGCUCGAUCCAGAGAAGUCUCUAGAAGAGCGGAUGGUGCAAUAUCAACGCGAAUACGACCGCAUUUGCGAGAAGCGCCUUCAAGAAGAGCUGGAGCAGUACAAAUCUACCGAAGUCGCUCUGGUACGAGCGGAAGAACGAAAGCGCUUUAAUCGAGAAGUGGAUAAUCUUCGGGCAUCUCUGUUGCAGGAAUAUCGCAAUAAACAGGAGCGUCUUCAAGAACACGAGCGUGAAUUGGAACUCGCUUUUGUCGCUCGAAGAACGGAACUCGAGACGUCACUGUUUGAAACGCGCCAGUCGCUGUUCAAAGACCUAGAGAGAUUACGAGUGAAAGAGGCCGAGUUGCAAGUGAAAGUGGAAAGCGAUAUCCGUCAUUUCGCCAGCGAAACUCAGCGCUUCCAACUGUGGGAAGAAAGUGUACGAACACAAGAAGCAAAUCUAGAGGGGAUCGUCGGCCAAGCAAUGCGGGAGAAAGAGCGUGCGUGGAAUAUCGAGCGCCAACAAGCUCUCGCUGACAUUCAAACGAAGCAAGACGACCUUGCUGAUCGCGAAAGAACACUUGCAGCAGAGACAGGAACGGUCAAGACGCUUAAAACUCAAGUUGUGACCUUACAACAAGAAGUUGCGGCGUUGGAAGCUGCACUGUCGAAAUCGGGAGAUGAACUUCGCAUAGCUCAAAGUUCAGCGCUUCAGCUUAAUAAGGACCGACAACGGCUUGAAGAAAAAGUGGCAGAAUUGGAGACUCAACUCGGAGAACAAAAUACUAACUUUGUGGACGUUAACACUACGAAUGCUCGGCUCGUUGCCGAGAAAAGUCUGGUUAACGACGAUUUAUUACGUUACAAGCAAAAGAACACCGAGAUCAAAGAACAACUGAAGUUAAUAACCGUGGAAGUAAAGUCACUGCAGCAACAGAUUCUCGACAUGAAACUGAAUGAAGCCAACGCUAUUGUCGCUGAACGCAAGAAGUUCAUGCAAAUUAUGGAGGAAGAGCGCGAACGUUCACGGUGGAAAGAAAGCGAGCUGCUAGUAAAAUUACGGGAAAUGCAGAGUCGCUUGGCGGAAUCUGAAGCUCUAGCAGAAAAAUACCAGAGCCAGUACGAGGACGAGAGAGUUCACGUGGAAGCUUUGCGGCAUGACGUAUCGAGCUUAAAUUCACUGUUAACUCAAGCUCAAGCGACAAUAAAUGCUAAGCAUGGUCCUUCAAGACAGACGGGAAGUUUCAGAGCACAACGGAGUAGUGAUUCGUAUGAAACACCACAUUUUGCAGCCUCUGACCAUCAAAUGCCAGGAGGGAGCGAACGUACAUUUAUGAUGAAGAUGAUGGAGAUGAUGGCAAACUUUCAGCAAGAACGUGCUGGUAAUACUGGAGUUACGCCGGAUAUUAGCCACACUCAUACGUUUCAAGCAGCAACUAUAUCGCCCACGCCUCAGCUGCACAGUGAAGAGCAAGAAGAGGCUAAACGGCUUAAAGGAGAUCAAGAACGCAUCGAACGAGAACUUACUGAACAACGCGAGUAUGAAAAGAAGCAGCAAGCACGAAAAGAGGAGCAAGAACGAGAGCUAGCCGAGCAGCACCGAGAGUUCGAAGAGAAACUUGCUCGUAUGCGUCGUGAUCGUAUUGAAGAAGAAGAAAGGAUGGAGGAGUUACGUAAACGAAAUCGAGCUGAAGAAGAAGCGAAGUUGCAAGAGGACUUGGCACGACAGCGUGCGGAGGCUGCAGAGUUACAGCAGAAAUUGGUGGAGCAACACCUGGCGGACGAGAAGCAAAGAUUAGAGGAGGAGCAAGCGUUUAAAGAGAGAAGACUAGCUGAAGAGCAGAAGCUGAACCGGGAAAUUGAGGCAAAGCGUAGUCAGCAGCAAAUUGAAGACGAGUUGGCAGCCAAGCAAAGAGAAGAACGAGAAGCCGAGGAUGAGAGACUGAGACUGGUGCGCAAAGCGCAAGACGAACAAGAGCGGAUUAGGUUGGAACAAGAACAAGCCAGAGCUCUUCAAGCUGCGAUGCAAAAACAAGAAGAAGAUCGUCGACAGGAAGAACUACGUCUUGCUGAAGAGAGAAUCCUCAAAGAUGCUGUGGAGGCAUCUGAUACCGAAGCAAUAGAAGAAGCGUCGUGGAAGGAGUCCAGUAUUGAAGACGAAGACGAGGAACCCAAUGACAAUGAAGAAAAAUCUGGCUCUGAUGUGGAAGAGAUCCCUCCAAAUGAUAACGUUGCGGAAGAUACAACGAGUGAUGUUCAUUCCGAUAAUGAAGCAGCAGAAGAGUCAGUAGCCAGCGCUGGUAGUCACAACGGCGCUCAGGGUGACGAUGCAGCUAGUGACAUUUCAACAAUUAUAGAGAAUAUGCCAGCGAAGACUCCAGAAGAAGAGGAACAAGAACGACAGAAAGCUGCUGAGGAGGCCAAGAAGAAAGAAGACGAGAAUGUCAUCGACGUAUACAGACAACGAGUUCUUGCUCGAAAAGCAGCCGAGAAGCAACGCCAACAGGAACUGGAAGCUGAAAACGAGCGAAAGGCAAAAGAAGAGGAGGAACGGCAGCGAGCUCAGCUCUUGGAUGCAAGUGGAUCAGAUCAAGAACUCGAGCUGUCAGGUGGAUCAUUCGCCGAAUCCAGUGCUGCAAGCAACAGUGACUCGUUCUAG